GACAAGCAUGUUUCUUUUUUGGCCCUCUUGGCCUUCCAUACUUGGGUUUAUCGCUUCCUCCAUGGACAGUUUAACUGACAGCUAACACAACUGGAAACCAAUUAAAACACGGGGCAGAUUCUCAGUUUGUAGGGCAGGGCGAAGGAGGUUACCUAAUCCAUGGUUUUUCCAACUCUGGUCCUCAAGGCACUACAUGAUGUCUCCCUGGUCCAGCACAACUGAUUUCAAUUGCUGGCUGAUUAACAGACUUGUGCUGAGCUGCAGCCAUCUGAAUAAGGUGUGUUAAAGAAGGAAAUACAAUGCAAGGUAGGGUGCCAUGAGAACUAGGGUUGAACACUGCCCUAAUCAGCCAGCCGUCCAUGCAUGUAUGCAGAGAACAGACAGCUGAGCAGCUGGAGCUGAGGACUGUCUCAUGGCGUCUGAAGUCCAUGUGACAUAUGAUGAUGGAGGCCCUGCGACAAACAGUGACAUGUACCGCUCUCCCGAUCGGCCCGGUGAGCUGGAGGAAACCGUGGAGGAGGUGAAAAACCUUAUUCAGCUGAACCAAGACCUGAAAGCGGCAUGUCAGUCCAACCUGAUAAUGAAGAAGCAGUUUGAGGUGCUGUCUGCUUGGAAGGAAAGACGGCAACAGGAGCAGCAAGUCUUGGAGAGCCAGCUUGAGGAAACCCGGCGCUGCGUGGCGACUCUGACUCUCCAAAACCAGGAGCUGCAGGAAUGGCUGGCCGCUGCCGAAGAAGACCUGGUCGCCAAACAGAGGAAGAUCGAUGAGAUGGAGGAAGAGAUGGUCCAGAAGGAGAAGGAGCUGGAAACCAUGUCUGUUCUCCGGGCUCAGGCGGAGGUAUACUCUUCAGACUUCUACGCAGAGCGAGCGGCAAGGGAGAAGCUCCACGAGGAGAAGGAUCAUCUGGUUUCUGAGGUGGAAAAUCUAAGGGAGCAGAACAUGCAGCUGCAGGAGGAGAUGGUUUCAAUGCAGGAUGCCUUUGCUCAACAGAAGGCAGCAGAGACAGAUCACCAGCAUCAUGUCCAGCAUUAACCCAUGCCUAUUCCACUAGAAGAGGUUCUGAGGGGGACGACACUGGAAACCUUGGCUGUCCUGUGUACGGUGGAAUUCCCCCCAAUAUAGACUCCCUUCAGAUCCUCCA